AUGCUGGGCAUGGCGCGGACGCGGUCAUGGUUCGGGUCGAGCCUGCCGAGCUGCACCUACCCGCGGGAGCGGGCCUGCUGCGACGACGUCCAGCGCGAGGUCGUCUACAGCAGCGUCCACGACCCGCCGCGGCCGAGCACGCUCGUGGAGAACGUGCUGCUCGAGUCGACGCUGGACCGGCUCUUCCCACUGGACCCCAAGUCCGGCGCGCUCUGGUGCGACGAGACCUUCUGGUUCGACUCCGUCGAGGGCGACGAGGACGGGCCCGAGGACGACCGGCUCCUCGCGCCGGCGCCGCGCCUGAGCGCACCGGACCGGAACCGCCGCUCGCUGAAGGCGAAGCUCCAGGGCGAGUGGGUGCUCACGGCGGCCGACGUCGGCAACGACGGCGCGGCCCACAUGCGGCUCAACGGCCGGUCGUGGGUCGCGAUCAGGCUCGCGGCGUACGUCCUGGGCCGCAACGUCGGCCACCUGCGCCAGUACUUUGACGUGCACGGCGACCGCGUCACCGUGCGCCAGACGGGGCUGCCGAGCUUCACGACGCACCUGCGCGUCGACUGCGGCGACGCGCGCUACCCGCCGGAGCGCGCGGUCCUCACGUCGGGCUACGUGGCGCCGGGCACCCACGCCUGGGACGGCGCGACGCUCGCGACAACCAUCACGAAGCCCGACGCGUCCGGCGGCUUCGACGGCUUCUCCCGCGAGUUCCGCAGCGACAGCGAGUUCGUCUACUCCAACUUCGUGCUGGACGAGAACGAGAACCGCAAGCCCGUCGUCGUCCUCACCUUCACCCGCGCUGCCCGGGCUGUGACGAUGGGGCGUCGAGGCUCCGUGGGCCUGGUCCUGCUCGGGAUCCUCUACUACUUUCACGACGCCGUCAUCACCGUAUUGCCGAAACCUGUCGACGAUCUGCUGUUGCGCUGCCUCUAUCCCCGCGAGAAGGUCAACACAAACGCUGGCGACGUCCACCUGCCUCACAUCACCUACGCGCGGCCAAUCGCGCUCGAGGACGGCGAGGACCUGUCCGCGGCCUUCGACCCGCGGGGCUACCCGAAGCUGCUGCGCAACGUCGUCGCGCGGGACCAGGACGCCAUCGUCGCGUACCUGGCGGAGCGCAACGCGGGACGGACGAUGCGCAUGCUCGACUACACGGAGGCCAUCGAAUCCGGCGCGCCGCGGCGCCUCGCUUCCUGCAUGCGGAACAUUCCGGACGUCGUCGUCGGCUUCGACGAGUACGCGCGGGCGCACCUGUUCUCGAACGUGUCCCGCAACAGCUCCGCGCUGUACGCGGGCUUCGAGGCGAUCACGGACGCGGACGCCGUCGCGGAGGUCGUCGGCGUCGACAUCACGGAGCUCGGCGGCCGCGACUAUCGCCUGAACCAGCUCUUCACGUCGAACUUUGCGAACGGCACGGCGUCCGCGGCGCUGCACUGCGCGCCCAUCGACUCCGUCGUCGUGCAGCUCGUCGGGACGAAGACCUGGUACUUCGUGGCGCCCGACGACCUCAAGGACAUCCCGGCGACGCCCAUGCCCACGUUCUUCGCCUUCCCCCACACGGACGACGAGCUCCUCGCGCGCGUGCGGCACGUCCACGUCGUCAAGCAGCGGCCGGGCGACGUCCUCUACUUCGGCCCGUCGUGGUGCCACGCCGUCUGGACGGAGCCGGGGCCCAACGUCAUGUUCAACAUGCGCUACAACGCGCCCCACCUCGUCAAGGCCGGGCCGCGGUACCUGUUCUGGAAGGUCAUGGCGCGCAUCCUCAAAAACAACAUCCGCCAGAAGUCGGGCAUCAACCCCCAGGACAACAAGAAGUUCUACGGCCGCCUCUACGAGGACCUCAUGUCCUACUACGCGGACUGCGGCCGCAGCGACGCCGCCGAGAAGCUUUUCGCGGCGCGGCAUAAGGCGCCCUAGCCCGCGGCGCGCGGGGACCGCCGGGGUGCAGCACCAGCCUCCGAUUGGACCGCGGAUUAGAACCAGCCGCGGAACCACUCGGGGUGCACCGUGUCCAGCGCGCCGACGAGGAAGGGGCCGAGGAUGAAGAGGAGCUUGCCCCACUUGCCGGCCGCGGACUCGGACUCGUCGUCGCCCUCCGCCGCGAGGAGCGCCGGUCGCCUCCGGACGGCGGCGGCGCCGACGCGCGGCGGCGAGGUGGAGCCUCGGCUGCGCGCCGCGGAGCGCGGCGCGCGCACCACGGGCGGCGCGAGAGCAGCUGCGGCGGCGACGAGUGCGAGGAGUGGUGCGACGCGCAUGACAGCGGUUUUGCAGCGAUGCAAACGGCGCGUCUACGACCUCGAGCGCCGCGCCGGUGCGUCGGGCCCAAACUCUGGGAGAGCGCCGCAGCGAUGCGAACGGCGCGUCUACGACCUCGAGC